AUGACGGACCCAAAGACGUCACUGGUCGAGGUUCUCGCUCUCGCCUCUUCUUCAGACCCUUCUCUCCUUUCGCGCGCAAACUCCCAGCUCGAGCAAUGGGAAAAGGAUCCCAACUUCUGGCUCGUACUCCUACAGAUCGCCUUUGAUGCCGAGCUGCAGCCUCCACCAUCCUCUUCAUCAACCGCAUCCGCAUCGACAGAGGAGCAACGAGAUUCAAUACGCAUACUGGCUAUCAUUCGUUUCAAGAAUGGCGUCGACAAGUUUUGGAGGAGCCGCGUCAUGGCCCGAGUCACGGUCACUAUCCCACCGGAAACUAAGCAGGCGAUUCGAUCCACUUUGAUCCAAUGCUUGCGCGAACCUAAUCGCACCAUCGCAUUGCAGGCUUCUGUAGCCAUCUCGCGCAUAGCACGCCUCGACUAUCCGCGAGACUGGCCCGACCUCUUCAGCACGCUCCAGCAGGCCAUGGUCGACGCACACGCACAACUCGCGUCGCUUGGUCCACCACCUCAGCUCGACCAGCCAGAGGCUCCCACCACCGCCCAAUCGCGCCAGCUCAACACCACCGUGCUCAUGCGUGCAGCCGACGUCUGUUCAAAGACGCUCAAGGAGCUCGAGUCGGUCCGCGUCUUGGCUGGAAAGAUGCGUAUGACCGAGCUCUCGCGUGAGCUGCUUCCCGUUCUCCACCCCAUCUUCCAGCAGUACUUUACAGAGGUGUUUUCGCUAGGCGCAGGCGACGACCUCUCAACCCUCACAACAUGGUCCAACACCAAACUUCGUGCUGAGCAGGUCCGUACAAGUCACCUUCUCCUCAAGGCCAUCUCGCGUCUUGCGGUCGCAGAUAUCGGCAUGAUCUCACGCUCCAACACCUCUGAGGGCGGCAGCUCUGCCAACAUGGCACAAGCCUUUUUCCGUUCCACGCCUCAUUGCCUGCAAACCCUCAAAGACACCAGGCUUGCGUAUCUGCGCCUGCUUCGCAGCUCGCAUGCAGACUCUAUCUCGGCUUCCAUCUCGGCAGCUCUGGUGACAGCACUCACAAAGCAUCUGUACUCCUUUGGCAAGUUCUUCCUCUCGCUCGUCCAGAGAGACAAUGGCAAGGCUGCUUUCUGGCAAGGCUGGUCCGAAGUGGCCGCCUGGUACUGGGUACAGGCCAAGGAUGUGAACCAAGAGAGUCUCUCUGUUCCACGCGACGAGUACGCAAACCAUUCGGCCAUCAUCGACUACCCUCCACGGUUCGUUGUUCAGGCUCUCGUGCUGCUCAAGUAUUCGCUCGUGCAAUGGAAAGGGAAUCGUCCGGAGGGCGGCUUUUUCCUCACUCGCGACUUUGCACGAGAAGCGGCCGAUGUCCUCGCAGGCAGGCUCAUGCGCCUCAAUGCUGACGAUCUUGAACGGUGGCAGGCAGACCCAGAAGACUGGGCCGUCGGCGAGGAGCAGGAAAACCACGAGCUUGAUAUCCGCCCCGCCGCGGAGCGCGCGCUCAUGGUCUUGGCGCAGCACACCAAACCUGCUGGUUUCGUCGGCGAACAAUUGUGGCGUCACUUUGAGUCCUCUUCCCAUUUCGCCGCCGACAGUGUCGACGAUAUUGUGGCACGCGAUGCCAUCUACGCAGCCGUCGGCCGGUGCCGUGACUAUCUUGGCCCUGCCGGUGAGGACGAUGAUAGACCCAGCGUGACAGUCCUCAUGGGUCAGGCGAUCGCUUCCAAGCUCGUCCCUGAAGCUCGCCUCGGCAGCGUCGCUUCUCCCACGUGGGUUGUCAUCCGUCGCAGGAUCGCAUGGUUGCUGUGGGAAUGGUCCGAACAGGUGCCACGGGAAUCACGCUUGGACGUCUACGCACUUUUGGUCGACUUGCUCGAGGAUGUCCCGGACCAAACGGAUGUAGCUGUACGACUUGCCGCAGCUCGAACCAUCUCGGCCAUCGCCGACGCACUCGAAUUCGACGCAGACGGAUUCGAGCCUUUCCUGCCGAAGGCGCUGCGCAACCUCGCCACCUUGGCUGCGGCGUCCGACCUGCACGAGAUGGAGUCAAUCAAAGUGUGCACUGACGCGCUUUCCAUCCUCAUCGAGCGCAUGGGUCCUCGCAUCGCUCCGCACGCAGACGCGCUCGUCGACCUUGUGCCCAUGCUCUGGCAGCAAGAAGAUCCGGAUUGCAAGGCACGUCCGUCGAUCAUUGUAUUUAUCUCCAAAGUGCUCCGCGCCAUCGAGAUGCUGCCAGCGACCGGCACAAGCGGCGCUCUGAUGCAAAAGGUUCACCAUAUGGUGUCGCCCAUCGUGCGCGACUCCCUCAACCCCAAGGUGUCGCAUCUGCUCGCGAAAGACGCCAUCUCCAUGCUAUGGAUUCGUGCACUGCACUCAACGCCGACAAUGACACAGCCGCUCUUUGAGCUGCUCGAUCUCGCCAAGGAUUUGGUGGUUCAGCCGGAUUACUGCGUCGAGAUGUGUCGUGUCAUUGAAGAGAUCUCGAUGCUGAAUCCGCUCGAGAUGCUUCAGACUUACGGCCAGGAUCUGCUGACAGCGUUUGGUCAGAUCAUAGCCGAUCCUUCCAAUCCUAUGGUGUUGGCACCCAUCUCUGCGCUCGACACGCUCGUUCAAGCGCUAGUGGCGCUACCCAACUGGAUCGAGGUUUGCGAUAUGUGGAUCGGCGCGCUGCAAUCGACUCGGCUAGCUGCUGCGCUCGUCGGUUCGCUCCUUCAUUUCCAAGAUGCCACCCUGAUCGCCACGCAUUUCGUCUCGUUGCUCUGUCGCAUCGCCUACCACUGUCCGAACGAUUCGUUCAUUCGUCUCGUCUCCGCCUCUUGGUCGGACAUGCCGCACGAAAAGUACCCUGCGCCGGCAACGAUCUGGCAGCCACUGCUGAAAUUCAUCUGCACCCGUUUCGAAAACAUGUCUUCGAUACGAAAGCGUCGGGUCACUGCGCUCGGACUCGCGUCGAUGCUCGAUGGUGCGAUCGUGUUCUACGAACAGCAUGCAACGGAUCCAAGUGCGAACCAAAUGGUGGAGCAAGUGGUGGCUUGUACGCCGGAACUCAUCGCGUUGUGGUCGGAGAUGCUGGCCGAGAUAAACGAGUCCAAACCGCUGGAUACGGGCAAGUACGUGAGACCUACUUCGCCGAUUGCAUCGAUGGAGUUGGCGGAUGCAUUUUUCGACGAUGACGAUGAGGCGGAUGGGGGCUGGUUGCAGGAUAUAUCGCCGGGAGCUGCUAGGGCGCAGAGGGUGGCGGUGGCGGAUGGAACUUUGGUGUGCGAGGUCAACGGGCACAUUAGGAGCGUCUUGUCGCAUGCGCAGUCGAGCUAUCCUGGAUUCACGAGGGUGUUGGAGACCAUGGAUCCACUCGUAGUCAACAUGUUUCAAAAAGAUCUCAUGGGUUGA